CACUCUCUCUGCCCACCCCCAGGUCUUCCUUUCUCUAGAUCUGGCUAUCUAUGAGUCUACAGCUUUCAAGAGCCUUAACUAACUAAAAGGUAGACUUCCUCCUAAACUGGAGCUUCAUCAGACCACUCCAUAUAGACUGUAGCCCCUACUGGCACCUACUGGGAGCUUCUUAAUUCUCAAAGGUAUUCUGAUAAGCCUUCAACAGCACCCCCUUGGAAAAGAAGCUGCCAGUUGGAAAAUCAGGCAGCAGAGACAGGGACAAAGUUCAAUACUAGACCAUAUCAUCUCCAUCCCAGCAAUUCAGCAUGACCUGAUGGGGAACAAGCUAGCCAUAAGCAGUUAUUUCAUGGAGAAGCUUGGAGCUAUCCCUUCAGGAUAUCCAGGUCCAGCAAUGUCUCUGAAUUGAGGGUUCCUCCUCUACUCACGAUCAGAACUGUAUCAAUCACUGCCCCCACCUUCCUGCUUCUGCUUGUACCUGACUACAUUACUCAAGGAGAUUGAUUUGGCUACAGAGGCCUGACCCUAGCUAAACCCAGCAAAGCAGACACAGAAGUGUGUAUGUCUAUAUUCAAGCUGACUGGCCAAGGACUCAUCUAAGACAUAUGGAAAGAAAGAAGGAGGGAUCAGAAGCAUAGGAAUGGCUGGGUUCUCCAGUAGGAAGACCACCAACAACACCACCCUCUUCCUAGUACCCAUCCUUCAAUGUGCAGGCAACUGAGUGUCCAUUUGGCCUAUGGACCUUGAACUCCUGAAUCUCACAGCAAGCUUCAGGAAAAAGUCUUGGCGGUUGCCUCAAGGUUAUUCAGGAACAUAAAACACAUAACCUUUAGAGUGCCUGGCCAAGAUCUGCUCACAUUGGACGUGACUCAGUUCCUCCAUUCUCUGUAGUCUUAGGGGUAUGCUACCUGGCCUUCCACAACCCUGAAAUCAUAUAGAGCCCCUAGGGUAGAGCUCUGAUCUUUCUGCUAUACUCAGCACUGCCAUAGGACACUCCAUUUUACAUCCAGCUACCUGACCAAGGAAGGUCUUGGAGUCUCCAAUAAUGAUAGACAUAUAUAUGCAUACAUAGAAGAUAUGAAUACACAAAAGCAAGAAAAGGCCUAAACUCAAGAAGCUUCCAUUCUAAUGAGAGAAGACAACAUGUGAAGGGAAAGCUGAAGGGAGAGGAGUACAUAUAUGGCAGCACGGAGUGGAGGGAGCAGGAAAUUAUAUGGAAGACUGGACCCUGGCAAGAUCUCCCCAAUCCUCACAUCACAAACUCCAGUCUCCACAAUAGAUGAAAACCCCAGAGAGCUGUCAACCAUCCAGGAAAAACUCAAGGCCACACAGCAAUCAGCUGGUGUCAGCAAUAUUCCCACCGUCCCCCUUCAUAUGGAGAAAGUCAACCCCCAGGAAGCCCAAGAACUCCAGCCAUGUAAUGAGAUACCCAGCUAUCUGCAUGGUACCAGAACUGAAGGUUCCACACAAGGACUGGGACCAGGUCCUGUAACAUUCAAAAAACAGAGAGUUAAAUUCUCAACACAAAAGAUCCAAGUGUUUGAGGACCGCCUUAUACAUCCCUUGAAGUGGCAGAGGCUAAAGGACCUCACCCACAGCCUGAGUUCUCCCGUGGAGGCUGAACAGGUCUAUGCAGCUCAGGCCUUGGGGAAACUGAGAAUCAGCAAGACGUUUAUCAUAGAAGCACUCUGGGCCUCGGCCCAGGUAGGUCCUGAGAGAGUGAGGUAUGAAUCCAGCAGAACCCUUGCUCUUCUAGGCUGCCUGCAUAAACAUGUGGUCCUGUCUCUCAUUGAACAACUAAAGGGAUGCUCCCUUAGUCGGAGGAUGGACACCCUGGUGGGACUUCAUAUGGCCCUCAAUGCCUGGAUCAUGCUCGCCAAAAACAAGAGGGAGCCUAUAGGGGCCAAGAGCUCGCUGACCAGGGUCCUGAAGUUGCUGGUGAAGGGGAAGAGCCCUAUGGACAAUGUGGCUCUGGAAGCAGCUCUGUGCCUGAGCUUCCUUGACCCUGAAAAUUCCAUAGCACGCGACUUUCUGCUCCAGUGCCUGACCCAAGGAGAAAUGAAGAGAAAGAAAAAGGCAUUGAUGGUGCUAGUGAAGCUAAUGAAUGUACACACCCUGCCUGUCCUCCGGGCUGCCAUGGAGCAAAUACGGAACUCUUGUGUGGCCAAGCACCGGUUAGAAGCCAUCAAACUGCUUAAGAUUAUUGGGCUAGAGAAGAUUCAGAAUUUGGGGAUGGAGAAGGACUUUUUUGAGCUACUCAGGUUCAAGGUUCACAAUGAUCCCUUACAAGAAGUGAGAGAAGCUGUGGCAGAAAUGGUGGAGGUGCUAAAAAUGAAGCCGAUGAUGCUGAACAUUGUGGAGUCGCAGCUUAAUGACGCCAGUGCCUUGGUACGUCACGAGGCUGUCAUUUCCAUUGGUGUUCUGGGCAUUUGCAGCUCACGCAUGUUCUAUUUCCUCAUGGACAUGCUGGACCUGGAAACGAGUCCAUUGGUAAGAAAAGAGCUGGAAAAAAUAUUCAUUACCCUAUCCAAGAAAGAUCCCUGGAUCCGGGAAAAGCUUCAGGACUGGAAGCUCCUGAUGGAGGAGGAGUCCAGGCAGGAAAGGGAAAGAAUCCAGACUUUGGAGUUUCAAAAGAUGAAGAGGGACCUCCAAGACCAAAAGAAAUCUCUGCUCAAAGGCCUGGGCCCCUUGAUCCCUCGAAAGAUGGUUCAACCUAAGAAGGCCAUGGCCGACAAAGGAAAGUCCAUCCUUAGUGUUCCUAUCAAAGGCAUGGCUUUAGCCUCCCACUACCCCCCUUGCAUCAAAUUGGUUGAUAAAAAGGAUCAUAUGUUUUCUAAGGGAUCCUGGGAUUCCCCAGUCAUCAGGAAACACCUCAAGAAUCUUGCUUCCCAUUGAGUCGAGUCAAGUCUAUCCUAACAACUCCCCUUCAGCAUUAACUUUCCUCUUCUCCCUCCACCACCACCACCUCCAUUUUCUCUCCUCUGGACACACUGCCUCCAUUUCCUCUGUGGUAGCAGAUUUCUGAGCCUCUGUCUCAUACACUAGUUAAUAAAUAAUGAAUGCUAA